CUUCAACAAUUAUAGCAGCGUAGGGAUACUUGUUCAGUACCUUGAAACAAAGUGCGAGCGGCCCACUUCAUGCGCGGCGCAGCAGCAGGCGCGGCUGCCGGCAUUCCUCCCCGCGCGCAUCUACCACAGCCACAAGCACAGCCGCCGCAGCUGCGAGAGCCAUUCCAAAUGCCCAGGCCACCUGAGGCAGCAGCUGCAGUUGCGGCUUCAAGGGGGCCUGCCGCUCACGUCGCAGCAGCUCCUGCUUAUCUUGCGGACCCAUCGCUGCUUCCGCCGCUGCCGCGAUCGCUUCUCAAGCAGCUCACCGACCUGACCCGCCGGCUGCUAGCAGUCCGGCAUUAUGACGACGUGGCAACCGCGGCUCGGCGGCCGGCAUUGCUCGGCCGGCCCUACAACGCCGACGACAACAGCGAUGAGGAAAAUGGCCAGCAGGGCGCCGCGGAGCGCGCAGAGGCGCGGGCGAGGCGGCAGGAAGCCGCGGCGCGAAGCAGGGCGACCGCCACCGCGACCGCCGACAUUGCUGAUGAGCUGGUCGCCUGCAUCAAGACCGCCGUGUCGGCGCUGCGAGCCGCCAUGCCCCGUGCCGCCACUGCCUCCAGCAGCGCCGCUGCUACUGCCGGCGGCGCAGGCGCUGCUGCUGCUGCUACUGCCGCGCGGCUGCAGCCGGGGGACGAGUCGGAGCUGUGGAAGGCGGCGGUGGACCUGUGGAAUCACGCUGUGGAGUUGAGCAACCUGGAGGCGCUGAGGGCGGGCGGCGCCAGCGCGGCGGCGGCCAUCGAAGGCCGGCCGCCGCCGCAGAGGGCAGCAGGAGGAGGAGGCGGAGCAGGAGGAGGCAGUGUGCGGGAGGGUGGGGGAGGCGGCCCAGGCGGCCUGACCCACAUCAAAGACGAGGGCGGCAGCGGCCGCGGCGGCGGCGGCGGCGGCAGCGGCAGGGGCGGCGGCGCACCGGAGGUUGCAAGGCAGCGGCGCGCCGCGACCCACAUCGCCUGGUGCCGCCACCUGGCCUGUGAGACCGCGGCCCUGGUGCCGCCGGUGCGGCGCGCGCCGGCGGUGGCGGCGGCGCGGAGCGCCAGCGCCGCAGCGGAGGUGCGGCGGGUGGUUCAGCUGGCGCGCUGGCGGCUCACGUUUGCGUCGGCUGCGGGCCGGUCGUGGCUGCGGCUGCGGCAGCUGGAGAGUGCGGAGCUGUGCCUGUCGCGGGCGGCGCCGGUGCUGCCGCUGCUGCUGACCGUGGCGACGUACGUGGUGGCGACGCCGCCUGGAAAUGGGGCCGGGGUAGGAGGGGGAGGGGGAGGAGGAGGGGGAGGAGGCGGGGUUUUGGAGCGGCGGCUGCUGAGCCUGGCGGAGGGGGAGGAGGUGCUGUUGGCUGCGUUUGAGCUGCAGCUGUCGCGGACGCAGGUGCUGUGGCGGCUGGGGCAGCAGUCCAUGGCGCGGCAGACGCUGUCCGAGUGCACGGCCCUGACCCAGGAGCUGCAGGGCAGCAGGCCAGACCUGGCGUGUGUGCUCAGUGGCUGGCUGGCGCAGGCGCUGCUGGAUCACGCGGUGGAUGUGGCCACCGGCCGACUACACGCCGCGCCCUUUGGCAGUGCCGGCGGCGCCACCGCCGCCGCCAACGACCUGCACUCCGGCCUGUUCCCGCCCGCCGCCACCUCGCACGGCGCCAGCCGCCGCCGCCGGCGCGGCAAGCGCAUUGCUACGGCGGCGGCGGCGGCGGGUGCCGAGGAGGGUGACGGUGGCCUGCGGCCGCUGCCGAUGCGGUGUGUUGUGUCGACGGGGCUGUUGGGCGCCGGCGGUGGCCCGUUUGUGCUGGAGGACGCAGAGGAGGUCGGGGUGAGUCGUGCGGCGGCGGCGGCGACGCCGGCAGCAGCAGCGGCGGCGGCGGCUGGGCGGGUGCGGGGGGACGCGAUGGAGGAGCAGGAGCAAGAGGAGGAGGAAGAUUAUGAGGAGGUGGAUGAUAGCGAGGGGCUGGAAGACGAGGACGCAGAACAUUACAGUAAUGAUGAUGACGCCGACGACCCCUUUGGUGACGUCUACCGUUGGGCGCUGCGAGGAGCGGCGGCGGCGGCAGCCGCAACAGCUGGCGGCGGCGGCGGCGAGGGAGAUGGCGAGGACGACGGCGGAAUGAUGGCGGCGGCGGCGGCCCUGGCUGACCCCGCUGAGGCCAUUCCCCUACUGGACCAGCUGUACGAGCUGGUGACGCAGGCGGUGCAGUGCCACCAGCAGGCAGUGGCGGCGGCGGCGGCGGCGGCAGCAGUGGAGGCGGGGCCGCGGCAGCAGGGAGGAGGAGGAGGUGCAGGAGGUGGAGGUGGGGGCAGCGGCAUGAGCGGCUUGGAGGAGGAGGAGGCUGUGGCGGCGCGGGAGGAGGCGCUGGUGGACCUGAGGGACCAGGUGCUGGCCUGGCUCGCGCUGUGCCACCUGGGUGCGGGCGACCCGGCGGCGGCGCUGGCGUGUGCGGCGGCGCUGAGGGAGGCGGGCAGCGGGCUGGCGGAGGGGCCGGAGAUGGCGGCGCUGGAGAUACGAGCCCAGGCGGCCGCCGGCCACCCCGCGGAGGAGGUGGUGGCGGCGCUGGCGGCGCUGGCGGCCCGCCGCGACGCCGGCGUGCCGCUUGUGUGGGAGGUGGCGGAAGCGCUGCUGGUGGGUGGUGGCGGAGGUGCAGGCGGCGGCGGCGGCGGCCUACGGGAACGGCCAGAGGCGCUGUGGCCCGCAAUGGCAGCACUGCAGCGGCGGCUGCCGUACGACGCCUCCGUAACGCUCGAGUUCGUACAGGCAGUGUACGAGCUCCGGGGCGUGGCGGGCGCCGCCGCCGGCAGUAGCAGCACUGGCGGCGGCGGCGCUGAGGCCGCGGCUGCUGGCGGCGGCGGCGGCGGUGCUACAGCCGCAUCGGCUGCUGUGGCAGACCAGCUGGCAUUGGCGGUCCUGGGGCCGAGUGCUACUGCCGUGGAUGCUACUGCCGGCCGAGGGGGCGGGCAGGAUGAGGACAGAGACAGCAAUGACGUCGUGCCGGAGGCGGUCCGGCGGCUGCAGUCUGCUGGCGGCUGUAGCAACAGCAGCGGCAGUGGCGGCGGCGGCACUGCUACUGCCGCCGUGUCCGCUGCUGCUGCCGCUGCUGCUGCCCGGGGCUUCACGCUGGGGGAGGCGGACCCACAGCUCCAGCGGCUACUGACCGCAGUGCUAGAGCUGUCAGGAAGAGGAGGAGGAGGCGCAGGAAGCGGAGGGGACGAUGGCGGCGAAAUGGAUGAGGGCGGCGGCGGCGGCGGCGGCAGGCGGGAGCGGCGGCGGCGGCAGCUGCUGCUGCUGCUGCGGGAGGAGCAGCGCUACACAGCGUGGGCCCUGCUAUGGAACCGAGGCUGUGCCCAUUUUGAGGGCCGGGCCUGGGCCGCCGCCCUGCGCUUCUUCUGCACCUCCCUCCUCUACACGGGGGCACCAGCAAUGGCGGGGCCCAGCGCGGAUACAGCAGCGGAUACAGCGGAGCAGCAGGCGGCGACGGCGGCGGCGGCGGCGACGGCGGUUGGGGAUCAGGCCCGGGCGCACCAGAGCGCCGCGCUGUGCUGCCUGGCGCUGCAGCGGCCGCAGGACGCGCUGACGUUUGUGGACCUCGCGGAGGAUGCCGCGGCGCGUGCCGGCGUGCCCACACCGCCCGCGGUGACGUUCCUGCGCUUCAAGGUGCUGCUGGUGGCGGGCGACGUGGCGGCGGCCCGGGCACUGGCGCCGGCGCUGGCGGAGGCGGAGGCAGCCAGCCCGGGCACACUGGCGGUGGCCUGUCAAGAGGCCAUCUCCGCCCGCGCCUGGGCCCCAGCCAAGCGUCUGCUGCUCACGCUGUACGGCGCAGCGGCGGCGGAGACGGACGCACGGGCGGCGCACACCGCGGCAGCGCAUGCAGCGGCCGAGGCGGCAGGCAAAGCGGAGGUGGAGGCGACGGCGGCGCUGCCGCCCCGGACGACGCUGUCUGAGGGACACCUACUGCGGGUGCUGAUCCGGUGCACAGAGGACCAGGAGAAGCAGGCACAACAGGGGCAGCAGGGGCAGGCGCAUCAGCAGGGGCAGCCGGACGGCACUCGGAGUGGGCAGCUGGCGGCGGCCGCGGGGUCGGAGGGAUCUGGCGGUGGAGGCGAUGGAGGGGUGGCUUCAAUGCCGCUUCACCAGGAGAUGGCGUGCUACUUCCAAACGGCGGCGCGGCGGCUGCAGCAAGUCGGACCCGAGGCCUUCUUCCAGGGCGUGGGCGGCAGUAGCAGCACUGCCACUGCCGCAGCUGCUACUGCCGCUGGCGGUGGUGCUGCAGUUGCUACUGCCGGCGGCGGCGGGCGGCAGCAACAGGCUCAGCUGCAGGAGCAGAUGGAGUGGUUCGCCUGGACGGCCUGGAAUGCGGGGCUGGCGGCGGGCGCAGUGGCGGAGGCGGAGGCGGGGGCGGCAGGGGAUGGAGGAGGCGAAGCCGGAGGCGGAGGCGGAGGGGACAGCGAUGGCAUGACUGAGGAGCAUGGAGGUGGAGCGGAGGAUGCCGCUGAUGCCGGGAACGCCGAGAACGGUAGCAACAGCCUAGAGCAGAUGCUGCUGGGGUGUGGACACGACAGCAACAGCAGUGGCGGCGGCGGCGGCGGCUGGGGCGGCGCGCUGCAUAGCUGUGCGGUGCUGAUGGCGGCGGCGGGGGAGCUUCUGGGGGGGCUGCAGCCGCGGACCGCGCGCGUGCUGGGCUGCCGCAGGGUGGCGUUUGCGCUGUCGGCGGCCGCGGCGCUGCAGCUGUUCCAGCGGCAGGUGCGGCUCUGCGAGCGGCUGCUGAAGCAGCAGCAGCGGGAGGAGCGGCAGCCGCCUUAUCCGCACCAGCACCAGUACCAGCAGCACCAGCAGCACCAGCAGCAGCAGCAGAGGCGUCAGCAUUGGGACGGUGUGCUGCGGACACGGCGGCAGCAGGCGGCGCAGGCGCUGGCGCUGGCGGCUCGAUCCGUGCGGCAGGCGCGUGCGGUGACGGUGGAGGUGGCGGCGGCGGCGGCGGCGGCGGGCCGUGCGGCGCCGCCGCCCGACAAGUGCGAGGUCAUGCUGGCAGUCACGGAGCUCCGAGUGCUCAUCGCUCAGCGCGCGCGCCCCACCCGCCUGCUGCGUGCGUUGGCCGCCGCCGCCCGCGCCUUCCCGCCCGCCGCCGCCGGCCCUGCCGGCCCCGCCGCCGGCGCUGCUACAGCCGGGCUGCUACUGCCGGGCGCCGCGCUCCUACCCAUCGCCCGAGACCUGUCGGCCCUGGCUGCGGCAGAGACGGAGGCGGGGGCGGGUGCUGGUGAGGAAGAGGGCGGCGGCGGCGGAGGAGGAGGAGGUGGAGGAGGAGGCUUUGCGCUGGGUGGUUGGUGGCGGGAGGGGACUGGCGACGCCGCGGGCGGGCGUACGCCUGGCUCGCCUGGUGGUGGUGACUCAUCCGAUGGCGAUGAGGGUGCGAUGAACCACGGUGGCGAGGACGGUGGGCCAGGCGGCGGCAGGGCUGCUGCUCCUGCUACUGCCGCUGCUGCUACUGCCGCGGCUGGAGCCGGCGGCCGCGGCGGCUAUGUGGCGGCGGCUGUAGCCGCCCACCAGCAGGUGCUGCAGCGGCUGAUGGCGGCGGCGGAGGUGGACUUUGACCUGGUGGCAGAGGUGGUCCGCACGCUGCUGGCGCUGGCGGGCGGCGACGACGCGGCGCGGCUGGCGGUGCUGCGCGAGCUGGCGCAGCUGCUGGCGGCGGCGGCGUCGUCCACGGCGCCAGCCGCAGCUGCAGCCGGCGCCGUGGCGGUGGGUGAGGAGGAGGAGGAGCAGGCGGGUGCGGUUGACCACCGCCGCCGCCAGCGCCAGCGCUACCCGGCUCAGGAGAUGGAGUUCCUCAUCAGCAGCACCUGGAACCGCGGGGCACACCACGCCCGCUUCGGCAGGCUGGCUCUGGCGCUGGAGCACCUGCGGGCGGCGCUGGCGCUGCUGCGGCACGCGCCGGAGCUGGAGGCGGCGCACCGCGGCUGGAUGGCGGAGCAGGCGGUGCGGCUGGCGGGGCGCGUGGCGCAGGACGCGUGGGCGGGAGGCGGAGGCGGUGGUGGUGGUGGUGGUGGUGGUGGUGGUGGCGGGGGAGGCGGGGGAGGAGGAGGAGCAGCAGGGGGGCGUGGUAAUGGAGGGGUGGCGGGAGGUGCAGGGGUGGGUGCGGGGUGCGGGCCUGCGGGUCCGGGCCACCUGGACAUGGGCCUGCUCACAGGCUGGCGGCCUUAGCGUGUCAGCGGGGCCCACAAUGCCAAACACAAGCCGGCGGAUGGUGGCUGCGGCUUACGGUAGCUACAAGGACCGCUUGAGCGGCGCCUUUGUGUUCACGGUUGAGACUUGAGAGUGUAGGAGAACCGUAGAGCCUCAUUUACAGACCUGCUGCUUUGGCCACGGUGUGUUUGCUCAAUGUUGUGUGGCUGUAAGCGGUGCAGUGA